CCGCCGCAAGAGGCGCUCGCCUUCCGGGCGGCGGAGAUGGCGGAGGGAGCUCGGGGAGGCGGCGGCGGCGGCUGGUUCCAGUUCGGCUUCUGCUUCGGGAAGGCGACGGAGGCCGGGCUGGAAGUGGCGCCGCUGCUGGUCGGGGGCGAGGCCGGGCCAGUGCGCUGCGUGAGGCCGAGCUGGAGCUUCUCCGGGAUCGUCCGCGCCGGCGGGUCCCCCCCGGUGCUGUUGCAAGGCGCGGUGUGCGCGGCGCUGCCGGAGGACUGCCGGGACGUGCUGCCGUCGGAGACGCACGUGCUGGUGCUGCGGGAGGCGGCGGUGGAGAGCUGGCCGGUGGAGGGUUCGGCCCUGGUCCUGGAAGGAGAGCCGGCGUGGAGGUGCGAGAUCCUCCCCGGGGAAGCAGCGACCGUAGAGCUGCCCCUGGUGCCUGGCGGGUACGUGGCCCCUCGGCCCCCUUUCUUCACCCCUCUGCCCUCCACCUUGCAGGCUCGCAAGCUGGCCCUGGGCUAUGAGCAUGCGGUGCUGCUCAACACAGAGGGGGCCCUCUUCUCGUGGGGAGGCGGCAGGCACGGGCAGUUGGGUCAUGGGGAGCUGGAGAGCAGGACAGAGCCCCAGCUGGUGGAAGCCUUGUACGGGGUGCCCCUGGUGGAUGUGGCGGCUGGAGGAUGGCAUUCAGCUGGCAUUAGUGAAGCAGGUGAUUUGUACGUCUGGGGCUGGAAUGAGAUGGGACAACUUGCCCUACCUUCCAAAUCUGUGGCUGAGAGUAGAGCCACCACGGCAGAGGUGAAGAGAGGGAACACGGAGUUGAGCUUGGCAGAGCAGGAGGCAGCACAAGGACCCUGCAAGGCUGCAUUCAUUUCGAUCCAAGCCUUCCCUGCUUUGCUGGAUAUGCCAGAUGGGGCAGAUGUCUGUAAGAUCAGCUGUGGUUCACGACACACCGCUGCUGUGACAUGUACAGGAGAGCUCUACACCUGGGGCUGGGUACCCGUUGCUUAAGAUGGUUGGAAGGAAGAAAUGUAUGCUGCCUAAAUAAUGUGUUACAAAGCAAGUAAUAAACAUUAUCACUUUUUUAAAAAUAAAAAAUUUCUUGCACUUCAGUAAACCAUGAGGUUGCCCCCAGCCCUUGCUGAUAAUUUCCCUCUUGGGUCCAUGCGUAGCUAUAAAGAUUUGCACCCAGGACUGAAUGUUGGAAACAGGAAGAAUUUAGAUACCAGCAGCUGCUGCUUACUUUUCCUCCAGAGAGUGCUGGGUGGGGUGUUGGGGAGUGGAACAGAGAGCCCCCAAAUGCUGAACGGAUGGUGCUGUUCGGGGUAGCUGUGGUGUUAAGCUGCAAGAAAAAGCCAUGAGUUAACACAAGUGCGCUCUCCCUAACUCCAGGUGGCAAAAGCACUUUUUUUCCACCCCAAGCACCUAGCAAUAAAACAUCUCUUCACAGUGGAGGUGCAGCUCCCCCCUUUUUUUUACACCAUCUCCAACCCUAUCAAAUAUUGGAAGGGUGUGUGGAUACAUAUUAAGAGCAAGCAGAACUGUGUAUAAUGCUCUGGAUGUGGCUGCACCAUAGGAUUUGGUUUUUUUAUAUAAAAGAAAAUAUUGUGCAAAAGGUCAGGAUUAAUAAAGGGUUAUAGCUAUGCUAUUUACUAUUACAUCAUCUCCUGAGGAAUAUACCUUGCUAGACUAUCAAUCAGUAAAUAUACUGUAGUUCUGCAGAAAUUUAUUAGGUUUGCCUCCUUUCCUCUUGUGUGAGCUUUGUGAUUCACACAUCUUUGCUUUUUAUUUCAGCUAUUCCUGGAAUUUGCGUUUCCACUCAGUAUUUUGCAAAAACAGGUUCUUACAGCCACUGUGAGGGAUUCUCAAUUCUCUUUGGCUCCUUGGGCAUUUUUUCCUUGGUCAAUGAAAAUCAUUUGGUUUUAUUGCA